AUGUCCAAAGAGCCAUUCCGAGUGGUGCCCGGCGAGCCGCGCUCGCAGGUGUUCGUGAGAAGUGCAUGUGCGCAACUCGCACUAAUUUGUGUUUCGGUGUCAUUCCAAGAAGUUGUCAAGACGGCCGUCAUCAUACGGCUGCCUGCGGCCACAGAUCUGACCGGUCAGAACAGCAAUGACUCGGGCGGCAGCGGCAGCGCUGGACGCGCUACCACGCCGCACCUGAGGCCCACGCCCAGCCCCACCGGCUCCAGCGGGUCGCGAUCCAUGUCACCAGCUGUCGGCACACAGAACGUAACGAUGCCGCCGCGAACGUCGUCCUCGCUGCCGGACGGCAGCGGGCCCCCGCGGCCCGGGGGCCCUGGCGGGGCGCCGGGGCCCGCGCCGAGCCCCGUGCCGCCGCCGGGCGCGAUGGUGGCGCAGCCCUACUCGCACCACGCGGCGUACAAGACGGCGCACUACCCGCCACAGCCCUACGGCUACCCGCCGCGGAACCACCACCCCUACCCGUAUGGGUACCAGCCGCGGCCGCCGCCGCACCCGCCGCAACACUACCCGCCGCUAAAGCAGCAGCCACGUCACAUGGGGCCCCCGACGCCCGGCGGCGGCGGGCCGGGCCCCGAGGGCGCUAUGCCCCCACCGACUGCGCCAGGAGAAGCCCACGAUAACGGGCCCGCAGCCCCCGCCAUCGCGCUCGUCACCACGGGCCCUGAUGGCGCGCCCUUAGACGAGGGUAGUCAGCAAAGUACGCUUAGCAACGCUUCUGCAGCAUCAGGCGAGGAGCCCUGCGGGACGCCCAAAGGGCGCGGCAAGGACUACGGCGCGAGCAGUGCGGCGCCUUCGCCCUCGCCUGGAGGUGGAAGCCACUCGUCCGUGCACGACGACUACGACGCCUCGCCCUCGUGGCCGCGCCCGCCCUCUAGUCCCGUGUUUAACAGUCACAUACCGCCGGAGUCCUACAGAUCAAAGAAGUCGGACUCGCUGGGCAAGCUGUACGAGAUGGACGACGCGCCCGAGCGACGCGGCUGGGUGGAACGGCUGCUGGCCUUCAUGGAGGAGCGGCGCACACCCAUCGCUGCCUGCCCCACCAUCUCCAAGCAGCCGCUUGACCUCUACCGCUUGUAUCUGUUGGUACGCGACCGCGGCGGCUUCGUAGAGGUGACGAAAAACAAAACGUGGAAGGACAUAGCGGGUCUGCUGGGCAUAGGCGCGUCGUCGUCGGCUGCCUACACGCUACGGAAGCACUACACGAAGAACCUGCUAGCAUACGAGUGCCACUUCGACCGCGGCGGCAUCGACCCGCAGCCCAUCAUCAACCAGGUCGAAGCGUCCACCAAGAAGAAGAGCGGCAAGUCCAACAACAACUCCACGGCAGGCUCAUCAAAUUCCCAAGAAUCAUUCCCCGGAGGCGGCGCGGGCGGCGGCGGCGGCGCGUCAAUGGAUGGCUACGGCGGCCAGUACGCCGGAUACCCGCCGCAACCCAACCAGUCACAAGGCGGCGGGCCGGGCGGCGACAACCUCGCCGCCUCCAACCCUUUCGACGAGCCGCCGGGGCCGCGCAGACCCCCAGGUUACCAGCAAGGUUACGGGUAUGAAUAUGGAUCUCCUUACCAGCCCAAUAGGCCAGUAUAUCCCCCCUAUGGACCCGACGGUGACAGGGGGUACCGGACGGGCGGCGAGUACCAGUACGGCGGCUACGGCGGCGGCUACCGCGGGGGCCCGGGCGCGGGCGGCGCGGGCGCGGGCCCCGCCCCCGCCGGCACGCCGCCGCCCGCGCAGCCCUACCCCGACUACUACCGCGCGCCGCACCCGCACCCGCCGCACUCGCCGCACCCGCACCCGCCGCACCAGCCGCACCAGCCGCACCCGCCGCACCAGCCGCACCAACCUCCGCACGAGGUGUCGGGCGGGCAGGGCCAAGCUGCUGGUAUAAUGAGCUCGCAGCUCGCGCGGCAGCUGGUGGCGCCGCUGCCCUCCCCGCGUGUCCCCUACUACGGCGGCAAGGCGAUCGGAGCGGGCGCGGGAGUCCAACCGCCCGCGGGCACGCCGCGACGGCACCCGGACUUCGCGAAGGCGGACGGGUACGCGGGCCCGGUCGCGCCGGGCGGCGGGCCGCCGGGCCCGGGCGCGCCGACGACGUCCGGCGCGGCGUGGGGCGGCGCGCCGCGGCCCUCGCACGAGCCCUACCCCGCCGCGCCAUCGCCCAGCACACCGUCAGGAAUGGCGGGCGGGCAGAUAAAGCGAGAAAUGACGUUCCCCGCGGAAUGCGUAGAGGCGGCGCUGCCCACCGGCGACAAGCGGCGCCGCCUCACCAAGGCCGACGUGGCGCCGGUGGACGCCUGGCGCAUCAUGAUGGCGCUCAAGUCCGGGCUGCUGGCCGAGACGUGCUGGGCGCUCGACAUCCUCAACAUCUUGCUGUUCGACGACAACUGCAUAGGCUACUUCGGGCUGCAGCACAUGCCCGGCCUGCUCGACCUGCUGUUGGAACACUUUCACAGAAGUUUAAGUGAAGUGUUCGACGCGCCGACGACGGAGGAGACCCCCUGGUACGCGCGGCCCGCCAGCCCCACGCCGCCGCGGGCCGCGCGCCGCCGCCUCGAGCCGCCCGACCCCGCCGAGCGCGUGCGCGUGCUCGCCGGCGACAACUACACGCUCGAGACGCGCCGCCGCCAGCCCGUCACCCUGCGCGCCGGCGACGAGCUGUUCGCGCCCGAGCCCUGCGCCGCGCCGCGCGCCGCGCUCGACGACGUGCUCGAGCCCUGGCAGCACGCCGAGCCCGCCGCCGCGCACCUCGUGCCCUGCUUCCGCGCCGACUACCUGCACCUGCCCUUCGCGCGCCUGCUGCCCGGCCGCCGCGCGCCCAGCCCGCCGGCGCCCGCGGCGACCGCGUCGACCGCGCCGGCGCCGGCCGCCACGCCCGCGCCCGCCCCCGCCGCGCCCGACGCGGACAACCUCGAGGCCGAGCCCAUGGAGCUGGAGCCCGAGCGCGAGCGCCGGCCCGCGCUGCAGGUGCGCGACCCGGCCGGCGUGCUCAAGCGCCGCCGCCUCGAGGACUACGAGGACGAGUGCUACACGCGCGACGAGCCCAGCCUCAACCUCGUGGACGAGACGCGCGACGCGCUCGCCAAGCGCUGCGUGGCGCUGUCCAACAUUCUGCGCGGGCUCACGUUCGUGCCCGGCAACGAGGCCGAGUUCUCGCGCUCCGGCGCCUUCCUGGCGCUGGCCGGCAAGCUGCUGCUGCUGCACCACGAGCACGCGCCGCGCGCCGCCCGCGCGCGCGCCUACGAGCCGGCGCGCGACGACGCCGAGCCCGACGCCUGCUGCUCGUCGCUGCGCGGCGCCGCCGAGUGGUGGUGGGACGCGCUGGCGCAGCUGCGCGAGGACGCGCUCGUGUGCUGCGCCAACGUGGCGGGCGGCGUGGAGCUGGCGGCGCAGCCCGAGGCCGUGGCGCGGCCGCUGCUGGACGGGCUGCUGCACUGGAGCGUGUGCCCGGCGGCCGUGGCCGGCGACGCGCCGCCCGCCGCGCACGCCGGCUCGCCGCUGUCGCCGCGCCGCCUGGCGCUGGAGGCGCUGUGCAAGCUGUGCGUGACGGACGCCAACGUGGACCUGGUGCUGGCCACGCCGCCGCGCGGCCGCAUCGGCGCGCUGUGCGCGGGGCUGGCGCGCGACCUGUGCCGGCCGGAGCGGCCGGUGGUGCGCGAGUUCGCCGUGAACCUGCUGCACUACCUGGCGGGCGCGGGCGGCGGCGCGGCGCGCGAGGUGGCGGCGCAGGCGGCGGCCGUGGCGCAGCUGGUGGCGUUCAUCGAGCGCGCCGAGCACGCGGCGCUGGGCGUGGUGAACCAGCACGGCGUGGCGGCGCUGCGCGACAACCCGGACGCGAUGGGCACGUCGCUGGACAUGCUGCGGCGCGCGGCGGCCACGCUGCGGCGGCUGGCGGGGCACGCGGAGAACCGGCCGCUGCUGCGGCGGCACGAGCGGCGGCUGCUGGCGCUGGUGAUGAGCCAGAUCCUGGACCAGAAGGUGGCGCACGAGCUGGCGGGCGUGCUGUUCGCGCUGGCGCAGGCGCGCGACUGAGUGUGACGUCACGCGCCGUGUACAUAGGGGGCGCCGGCCGGACUGUUAGCCCCUCCGGUUUUGUUAUUUAUGUCCGUGAUGAUUUAUUUACGAGAAUGUCGAUGUGCAUUACGAUUUCUAUUGUUCGAUCGAAGAAAGAUGUAUUAUAACUCGUAAUUUUGAUUUUUAUAAUAAAAUGGGACUUGAAUCUGUUUAUUGGUUUUAUGAUGGAGAUUUUAUACCGAGUACCUUUAGCGCCUUUGUCUAUAAGAGAAUACGUAGUGGAGAGUGUGAGGAGCUUAUGUGGGCUAUAAGUUUUAAUUAAGUUUAAUGUGAAUUAUUACAAUAAUCUAUAAUAUAUUGAAAUUGAAUCUGAA